AUGGUGGAAGGCACCGCCACCGAGUUUCUACUGGGGGAGGAUUGGAUGUUGCGAAACGGAGUCAAGAUCGACUUCACAGCGUGUGAGAUGAAGAGGUACUGCAACGACGAGAAGCGGAUCAUGCCGUUUAGCUAUGACGGUCAACAGGACGGGGACGCAGUGAGAGUUCGAAUUGUGAAAGCCGCGAAGGUCACGACGAACACGUGUAGAUGA